GGAGCCCCAUUUCAGAAGCCGACUGCCCCCGGGGUCUUCCCAGGGCACUGGGGAGGGCCGAGGCCGAGGCCGACCAUGCCCAGUCUGCUGCUGCUCGCCGCUGCACUGCUGUCCAGCUGGGCUCAGCUUCCGGCCGAAGCCAGCUCCUGGUGGUCAUUAGCUGUGAACCCGGUGCAGAGACCCGAGGUGUUUAUCAUCGGUGCCCAGCCCGUGUGCAGCCAGCUUCCCGGGCUGUCCCCUGGCCAGAGAAAGCUGUGCCAACUGUACCAGGAGCACAUGGCCUACAUAGGGGAGGGAGCCAAGACAGGCAUCAAGGAAUGCCAGUACCAGUUCCGGCAGAGGCGUUGGAACUGCAGCAUCGUGGACAACACGUCUGUCUUUGGGAGAGUCAUGCAGAUAGGGAGCCGGGAGACGGCCUUCACCUACGCAGUGAGCGCGGCAGGCGUGGUGAACGCCAUCAGCCGAGCUUGCCGCGAGGGUGAGCUCUCCACGUGUGGCUGCAGCCGGACAGCGCGGCCCAAGGACCUUCCCCGGGACUGGCUGUGGGGCGGCUGCGGGGACAAUGUGGAAUAUGGCUACCGCUUUGCUAAGGAGUUCGUGGAUGCCCGCGAGCGGGAGAAGAACUUUGCCAAGGGGUCGGAGGAGCAGGGCCGAGUACUCAUGAACCUGCAGAACAAUGAGGCGGGUCGGAGGGCUGUGUAUAAGAUGGCAGACGUGGCCUGCAAAUGCCACGGCGUCUCAGGGUCCUGCAGCCUCAAGACGUGCUGGCUGCAGCUGGCCGAGUUCCGCAAGGUGGGGGACCAGCUGAAGGAGAAGUACGACAGCGCGGCCGCCAUGCGCAUCACCCGCAAAGGCAAGCUGGAGCUGGUCAACAGCCGCUUCAACCAGCCCACCCCGGAGGACCUGGUCUACGUGGACCCCAGCCCUGACUACUGCCUGCGCAACGAGACCACAGGCUCCCUGGGCACUCAGGGCCGCCUCUGCAACAAGACCUCGGAGGGCAUGGACGGCUGCGAGCUCAUGUGCUGUGGCCGUGGCUACGACCAGUUCAAGAGUGUCCAGGUGGAGCGCUGUCACUGCAAGUUCCACUGGUGCUGCUUCGUCAAGUGCAGGAAAUGCACUGAGAUCGUCGACCAGUACGUGUGUAAAUAG